AUGGCUGUGUGUCGCCCCUUCGCUUACGGACUCCGGUCUCGAAAAGUUUGUUUCAUUCUUUUCACUCUGGCCUAUGUCUUCAAUUUCUCCAUUUAUGCACCAUGGGCUGUGAAGAAAGAGGUGCAUGAUCUCAAAAAAAUCAUAGGAGAGGUAGCAAUUCCCGAAAAUGUAUGCCCCUAUAUCGUUUGUGAUACUCGUAGAGCUGAUUGGUUUGUGAUAUACGAGGCAACACGAGAACUAAUCAGUCGAAUAUUUCCGUUCUUUCUCCUGGCUUACAUGAAUGUUAAAAUUCUUGUCACCUACAGAAACACCAAGAAUGAUCGAAUGCAAAGGCUAGCCAAUUCGCAAAAACACUUUGUCUACGAAAAGAGUGAGAAAGAGGAAAAACGAUUGUUUGUCUUACUAUUCGCCAUCAUUAUUGUUUUCUUUCUGUGUACAAUUCCUGCUGCACCUAUGACGAUACUCGUAGCCGAUAGCAAAUCGAACAACUUACCCUUUCAAAUUUUCCGGGCGGUUACCAAUCUUCUCGAAUUUACGAAAUUUGCUCUUAAUUUCUAUUUUUACUGCUUAAUUAAUCCUGAUAUACGCCAGAUUUGCGUGCACGUUAUUACAUGCAAAAAAAUUUCUAGACCACCGAGAGUCAAAGGCCAACCAACCACACCGAUUUCUUUCUAUACGAGGUAA